AGUUUAUUUGUAAUAUGCAGACGUUGUGUUGAAAUUUUGCUUAGCAGGUAUGUUUAUUAACAAUUCAACACUUGCAAUAGUUGACGUCAGAUGAACGAACAAGUGAAAACUACGGGAGCCGAAAAUAACCCUCACAAAGUAUAUAGAAAUGGAGAGAACUAUUCAAAAAAAUUGAGAAUUGUUCACAUAUCUGAUACCCAUCUUGAAAGGGACAAUCAGAAUAUACCAGACGGUGAUAUAAUUAUUCAUUCAGGUGAUUUUGGUCAAUACAGAUCGGGAUUAUCAAAGGAAGAAUACUUUUCAAGAUUGAACAGUUUUUUUAAAAAUCUACCUCAUAAAUAUAAGAUUUUCGUUGGUGGAAAUCAUGAUAGUCCUCUGGUAGAUUGCCAGAGAAGUUUAAUAACCGAGUGUCAGUAUUUGAUUGAUGAAUCGGUGACGAUAGAAGGUAUACGAAUAUACGGAUCACCUUGGAACAAGUGGAGAUAUACAUCGUUUGCCAGAGCGUUUACCAUAAAGAAUAUAAAAGCCAAGUGGGAAUUAAUAGAUCAAGAUUCGGACAUAGUUGUAACUCAUCAGCCGCCAUUUAAUUUGCUCGAUUUGGCCAGUUAUAACCAUUAUAUACCGAAUUUUUUGGUUAAACUUCUAAGCUCUUCUCGCUGCGAGAUUUGUAGUCAAUAUCAUCCAGGUAGAAAUCAUUGGGGAUCGAAAAGUCUUCGAAGGAUUCUAACUGAAAAGAUAAAGCCAACACUACAUCUAUUCGGUCACGUUCACGAGUGUUUUGGGGCUACAACAAACGAUAAAAUACUCUUUUGUAACAGCGCUAUUAAACAACGGGGACAUCCUCAGGUUAUCGAUUUCUACUUUUAAAUCGGUAAUGGCGGGAAACAAAUCUGCAUUCAAACACGAGAAAAUUGGUUCUGGGAAAUUAAAGGCUCGCGUAGUAAUUGUUUCUGAUACGCACGGUUGUCACAAUAAGCUUUUACCUUCGAUUCCUGAUGGAGAUAUUUUCAUACACGCCGGCGAUUUUAUAUAUUAUGAUGAUCAUAGUACUAAAGAUUUUAAGGGCGCUUGUCUGCAAGUAGAUGAGUUCUUUUCAAAAUUGACACAUAAAAGGAAAUUCAUUGUCUUCGGUAAUCACGACCAGCCUUUCUGUGAUAUUGCAUCCGAUGUCAUUCGUGAUAGUUUGAAGAAUGUUGAAUGUUUACUGGACGAGAUGGUCGAAGUGGACGGUCUUCGAAUCUACGGUUCACCUUGGACUGUUAGAAGAGAAAGCUCGUCGGCAACUUCAUUCACCAAACAACGUGAAGAUAUGAAAGACGUUUGGGAGAAAGUUCCAAGAGAUUUGGAUAUUCUAGUAACUCAUAGUCCACCUUACGCUCUGCUAGAUGGUGAACCUGAGGGUACUACUCCUUGUAAAAUUAAAUGCAGAGAUCAUCCCCAUUUAGGUUGUCCUCAUUUGCGGAAAGCUAUUCUUGAAGAUAUAAAAGCAAAAAUGCACGUUUUCGGACACAAUCAUCGAAGUAAUGGUCUAUAUAGAUAUUCUAAAUGCAAAACUUUGUUUUGUAAUGCUGCAAUUGAUAUGAGAAUGUACGGUUUGCCUAUUGUCGUUGAUUUUCACGAAUAG